AUGGCCUCGCAAGCAGAUUACAAGGACCGUCAAUUCCUCGCGGUCAUCGGCGACGAACACGUAACUACUGGCGCCGAUGCUCAGAAGAACUUUCUCGUUGUUGAUGGCAAGACUGAUACAGCUUCUAUCGAGGCCGCGUUUGAUCGAUUCACCGAGGACCGCAAAGAUAUUGGCAUCGUACUCAUCAAUCAACAUAUCGCCGACCGAAUCCGACAUCGCAUUGACACCUAUACCGCGGCUUUCCCUGCCGUGUUGGAGAUCCCAAGCAAAGACCACCCCUACGAUCCUGAGAAGGAUAGUGUAUUGAGACGAGUGCGACGUCUUUUUGGAGAGUAG